AUGACGAAUCAAAACUACUCAGAUCCAACUACGGUAAAUAGCUCAAUGGACUCUAGCCAGACCCAGAUGCAAGACAUGGCAAAGACAGUAUCUGCUGAUCCAAUUCCCAUUUUCGAGAACGCAGUCCACAUUGGUGGUUCUACAGCUGGAUCCACUGACAAAGCUAAGAUGGGCGGUGAUGAUAACAACGUUACCCAAGUCAACGAAACGUGGAGAGAAUGGCCCCCAAUCGUAUCAUUGGAGAACCUCGCGGAAAUAAUACAGCUCUCACAAAGACGAACCUUAGCACUCCUAUCAGAUAUAGAACGUAUAUCAUCAUUGACAGCGACCAUGCCCUUACCAAUUAGAACAGUCUGGUCUGAGCCAAUUUCUAUGCUCUAUAAUGAGGUACAGCAAGGGCGUGAGGCUAUGAAGUCACUUGUCAAUAGCGUAAUUCGGGAGGUAGAUGAAAUACGAUGUGAAGUUGAGAACUAG